AUGACCACCAGCGAAAGGAGGAAAAUCUUCUGCUCGGUCACUUUCCACGUCAUUGCCAUCACCUGCGUGGUCUGGUCCUUGUACGUGCUGAUAGACCGGACGGCAGAGGAGAUCAGGCAGGGCAAUGAUGACGGUGUCCUCGAAUGGCCAUUUUGGACAAAGCUGGUUGUGGUGGCCAUCGGCUUCACUGGAGGUCUGGUCUUCAUGUACGUCCAGUGCAAGGUCUAUGUGCAGCUAUGGCGCAGGCUGAAAGCCUACAACCGCGUGAUCUUUGUGCAGAACUGCCCGGACACAGCCAAGAGGGCGGAGAAGAACCGCUCUUGCACCGUGAGCGUGGACACCAAGGACGCUGGGGCAGCGCCCGCGUUGCCGACGGCGACCACUACACGGCCACCCACGGAGUCCGGGCCCACCGAGCUCGUACCCGUGUGA